AUGGCCGGAGCGAAUCAGUACAUACGGCAGGUGCUUCACCAUACCGAGCCUCCGCCUCCAGUCAACGCACGUUUCUUCUACAGCUCCCCGAUCCCUAUAGACGAUCCGCUCUCGCCCUUGCCCCCUCCUACGACAGCUACUGCGUCUGCGAAACGACCGCCAAAGGCCUUCUCGGAGUAUGACAACGCUGCUCUGGACAAAGCGUGGCAUGACUUGAGGCGGAAGAUCUUGAAGUACAACGAAGAACAAGGGGAGAAGAGCGGGAGCAAUGAUGGCAGUAGAUCGAGGGCGGGCUCGACCAAUAUUCAAGGCAGCCGGCGAGGGUCAGGCUCGCAGCCAGCCACACCGCGCUCGAAGCCCAUAAGACUACCAGCGUCUAGCUUGAGCCAGGUCGAGGGGCUUGGGGAUGGCACAUCGGAGGGUUCAGCUUUCGGCGAGGCCACGCAUGUGCCGGACACGACUGGGAACCCUUUCGUACGGGCGCCUUCUAGGAAACAGACUGUUACGACUUCGCGCAAUGAGCGGCCAGCUCGACCACAGGUCAAGCAACAUGACACUUACGACUGGGAUGAUGAUUCGCACCUUCUUGAUCAAAACGCGACAGCAGCGGAGACGAAGGAUGUUCGACCGAGCAGUGCCCCGAGCAAUAAAGUGGCAGUAGGCGUAUCGAGGCUGCACCAGGUCGAAAUGCCAAAUUUGCAGAUGACACCCAUCUACUGGACUCCGGUGCACGACGAAGCUGCUGUCAUCCGGGGGACUUGGUUCUACCAGGAGACUAUGCUGCCUGUGGAGACGGCGGUUGCGAAUAUGCUCGAGGCUGGAUAUGUGGAUCUGCAGGUCUGGACGGAGACGUGGAAGGAUGAGCUGAACAGUGCAGUAGAGGUCGGUGCUGUUGGCGAGGAGAAGAUCGUGCACAAACUGUGGCCCGACAAGCUGCCUAAACCUCCGGACAGUCGACCAAGCAGCAGACAUGGCACUGCCACCAGAAGUGAUAGAGACGAUCUACUUCGCGCUGUGACAUCCAACCUAGCUGAAGGAGCACCGGAGACACCCGAGCAGACACGCGAUAGAGCUGUAGAAGCUGCGUGCGACAUCAUCGACAUCUCGAGCGGCCCAGGAGGCGCUGACAACAAGGCGUCCGGAACCUCGACAUAUGGCUACAAUGGCGCCACGAGAAGCUACUCGUCAUUUGGAGUCAUCUAUGCUAACGCAAAGGAAGCACGACUUCUCAAGCCUAGCCUACUGCCGUCCCGGUAUUAUGGACGUAGGCCACUAGCCAGCUAUAUCCGCAAAGGCCACAAGCUAGGUAUCGCGGUAGUCCGUGGAUUCGACCAGCGUAUCUGGAACAAGAUCCAUCCGUCGAAGUCAAGUCCUAGGGCCGCCAAAGCACAGCAGGGUGCUGCGACGUCCGCAUCUAAUGUACCUCCACAAGCUCAAGCGAAAGAUGAUGUUCCAGAUGAGAACACUAAUGUGACUGAUCUGAUCUUCGUCAUCCAUGGCAUUGGGCAACAGCUGUCUCAUCGAAUGGAAAGCUUCCACUUUACGCACGCCAUUAACGCCUUCCGCCGCGAGGUCAACGUCGAAGUCGGCAGCAAAGAAGUCAGAGCACGCUUCAGAAGGGACAUGGGCGGCAUCAUGGUCCUGCCCAUCAACUGGCGACAUUCGCUGUCAUUCGAAGAAGGUGGCUACCGCGAUGGCAGCGAGAAUCCAGCACGCAACGAAUUCACGCUGGCCGACAUCACGCCCGAGACGCUUCCCUCCGUCCGAGGGAUAGUCAAUGAUGUGAUGUCUGAUAUUCCUUACUACCUUUCGCACCAUCAGCCGAAGAUGAUGGCUGCGGUCAUUCGAGAGGCCAAUCGAGUGUAUCAGCUGUGGUGUAGGAACAACCCCGGGUUCGCGGAUACGGGGCGAGUUCAUCUCAUCGCUCACUCACUGGGCAGCAUCAUGGCCCUCGACAUCCUCUCGAACCAGCCAACAAAAGUACCCCAACAUCUGUCAGACCCGACUUCGAUCGACCUGGAUGCCGAGCAGCUCGACCACUUCCUCUUCCAGACCUCUAAUAUAUACAACGUAGGCUCACCUGCCGGCUUCUUCCUGCUCCUCAAGCAGUCUCAACUGCUACCUCGCGUCGAGGGACCCUCCGCCACCGCCAUGGACGACCCCAUCGCCAACACCCUUACAGUCUGCGGCGAGCGGGCCCAAUACGGUUGUCCGGCUGUUGACAAUGUCUACAACAUAAUCAAUCCCUAUGACCCAGUAGCCUACCGCAUGAACGCAGCAGUCGACGCGACGUACUCCGCAACACUCAAGCAAGCGUUUGUCCCCUCAGCUACACCAGGCUGGUUCGGCGUCGGCACCAAAUCCUCCAGCAUCUGGGGUGGAAGCACCACGGCACCCAAAGACGGCGCUCAAAUGCCCACGCUCCCGCGUCUGCCUUCAAACGUCGAAAUGGAAGUCCAUAACUUUUCCCGCGAAGAGAUUGCGGAGAAGCGGAUGGCGCUGCUCAACGACAACGGACAGGUCGACUUCUUCCUGAGCGUGGGCAUCACCGAACCCAUAUACGGUCCUUCAGCGAUCCAGUCGGUUGCCGAUCAAGCGAAAGAGAAGCCAUACACCGAGCUCAACAAAGAUGACUUGCGGUGGGAGUGCAUGGACUCGACGAAUGUGGAGACCAAAUCGUUCUACAUGCUGAGCGAUGACGGGCGAGUCGGCAUGGCGCAGGUGAUAUACAGUAACGUAUUAGGCGUCCGAACCACCGCCCAGUUCACCUCCAAGAUCUUCUCCCAAGACCCGAGCAAGCCGCACGCCUGGAGCUCGACGAACCUGUCGAACUUACAGUUCCCCAACGACAAGCACGAUUUUACGGCAGACAACUGUUCGAUAACCAUCAGCGAGAAGGGGACGAGCUAUCACAUCAAGUCGAACGCCGACGCAAAGCACAUUGUCGACCUGAAGUUCACGCAAGCUUGCCCUGGUCUGGUUGUUGGCAAAGAUGGGACUAGCUACUUUGGUACUGAUCCGCAGAAGUAUUGGGGCAGGAUGAUACAUAAGUUCUGGCCGAGAUGUCAGGUGGAAGGACAGAUCUUGAGGUCUGAUGGGCCGGUGGAUUUCAAGGGAAAGGGCAUGUUCGUUCAUGCUUUGCAGGGCAUGAAGCCGCAUUUUGCUGCUGCAAAAUGGAACUUCGCCAACUUCCACUCCCCCAACGUCUCCGCCUCGCUGAUGAACUACACCACCCCACCAUCCUACGGCGAAACCCCUGUGACCGUCGGAAGCGUCACCAAAGACGGCCAGAUCCUCUUCACAGGCGCCUCCCCCGACACCAAACCCGAGCACACUGAGACCCGAUCGGACCCCGACAGCGACUGGCCGGAGCCCGCCGCCGUGCGCUUCACAUGGGUCGGCAAGACGGCCGACGGCAAAGACGCCAAAGCCGUCAUCGAAGGCAGUCUGGGCGAACGAGCCGACCGGAUAGAUGUCAUGGGCGAGCUGCCGAAGUUUGUGAAAUCGAUCGUGCAGGGUGCGUCGGGGGUCAAGGCGUAUAUUUACCAGUACACGCCGAAGAUGACGCUGAAGCUGGAUGUUGGGGGAGAGGUGACGGAGGAAGAGGGGCUUUUGUUUAGUGAGGCGACGUUUAUCUCGUGA